UGUCAUCGACAUAGUCGCAACAGUUACCACAAUCACAAUGUUCGCGAAGUUUGUUGUUGUUCUCGCCCUUGCGGCUGUGUGUGCUGCGGAUUACUCCGAAUUCUCAUACGGUGUGGCGGAUCCUUACACCGGCGACUACAAGAGCCAGAUCGAGAGCCGCGCCGGAGACAGGGUCCGGGGCCAGUAUUCCCUGCUUGAUGCUGACGGCACCCGCAGGACUGUCGACUACGCCGCCGGUGCUGAGGGCUUCAACGCCAACGUCAGGAAGGACCCCGCCCUCAUCGCCGCCGCGCCUCUUGCCUACGCCGCACCCGGCUACCCUUACGGAUACGGAUUCCCUUACAGAUACAACGCAGCUUACGGAUACGGUGCCCUAGGGUACGCUGCACCCUACGCUUUCAGACGAUUCUACUGACCUGACACUUAUGGAUCAUUGUAAAUAUUGGAUUUCUAAAUAAACUGUAACCU